UGCCUUCACACCGGGGCCGGGGGCAUGUCUGCUCAUGUUCUGCUCCUCCUCCAGGGGGCCGGGGACCACUGCUACUACCAGGGGAAGCUCCGGGGGAACCCCCAAUCCUUUGCUGCCCUGUCCACCUGCCAGGGGCUGCAGUGAGUACGGGCAGGGGCGGGAGAAGGGGGAAGAGCCUUCGUCCCUGGCCUGGGGAUGCAGGUGGGGACCUGCACCUCUGUCUCUGCAGUGGGGUCUUCUCUGAUGGGAACUUCACCUACAUCGUGGAGCCCCGUGAGAUGGCCAGGCCUCAGGAACCCCCCCAGGUGAGCCCCUCACGGUUCCCUCUGACAGCCCUGGUGCGCACGCACACCCUCGUGGCUUGUCCCAAUGGCUGUCGCUGCCUCCUCCCUUGGUGACCUCAGCCUUACUGCCCUCCUCAGUCACCCCAGCUCUGGUUCCCUCCCCCUGUGCCCUCAGCUCCAAUGUCCCCUCUGUCCCCCAAGUAACCUCCCAUCGGGCUCCAGUGUCCUUUGCCCCUAUCUCUCAGGGCGCCCCCAGGUCUUGACCCCGGAAUCUGAGCAUCUGGGAGAUCAGAUCCGACAUGGGAGCUCUGGCCAGUUCUGGGUCACCCUGGGGUGGGGUGGGGGUGAGGGCUGGAGCUGUCCCCCAUCUGGGCUCAAGAGCAGACCUGGUCACCCCCCCCGCCAAAAACUAAUUCCCCCUCAUUUCAGGGACCCCUUCCCCACCUCAUUUACCGGACCCCUCUCCUCCCAGUCCCCCUCGGAUGCAGGGAACCAGGCUGCCUAUUUGCUGCCCCUGCUCAUUCUGCCCCUGUGAACCGGCCGAGGCUGAGAAGGAAAAGGUCCGCCGGGGCCACCCUACCGUGCACAGUGAAACCAAGUACGUGGAGCUGAUCGUGGUCAACGACCACCAGCUGUUCGAGCAGAUGCGCCAGUCGGUGGUCCUCACCAGCAACUUUGCCAAGUCCGUUGUGAACCUGGCAGAUGUGAUGUACAAGGAGCAGCUCAAUACCCGCAUCGUGCUGGUUGCCAUGGAAACGUGGGCAGAUGGGGACAAGAUCCAGGUGCAGGAUGACCUCCUGGAGACCCUGGCCCGGCUCAUGGUCUAUCGGCGGGAGGGCCUGCCUGAGCCCAGUGAUGCCACCCAUCUCUUCUCGGGCAGGACUUUCCAGAGCACCAGUAGCGGGGCUGCCUACGUGGGGGGCAUCUGCUCCCUGUCCAGGGGUGGAGGUGUGAACGAGUAUGACAACAUGGGCGCCAUGGCAGUGACCCUGGCCCAGACGCUGGGGCAGAACCUGGGCAUGAUGUGGAAUAAACACCGGAGCUCCGCAGGGGACUGCAAAUGUCCAGACAACUGGCUGGGCUGCAUCAUGGAAGACACUGGGUUCUACCUGCCCCGCAAGUUCUCGCGCUGCAGUAUCGACGAGUACAACCAGUUUCUGCAGGAGGGAGGCGGGAGCUGUCUCUUCAACAAGCCCCUCAAGCUCCUGGACCCGCCUGAGUGUGGGAACGGCUUCGUGGAGGCAGGGGAGGAGUGCGACUGUGGCUCGGUGCAGGAGUGCAGCCGUGCGGGCGGGAACUGCUGCAAGAAAUGCACCCUGACUCACGACGCCAUGUGCAGCGACGGACUCUGCUGUCGCCGCUGCAAGUACGAGCCGCGGGGUGUGUCCUGUCGAGAGGCCGUGAACGAGUGCGACAUCGCGGAGACCUGCACCGGGGACUCGAGCCAGUGUCCCCCUAACCUGCACAAGCUGGAUGGUUACUACUGCGAUCAGGAACAGGGCCGCUGCUACGGAGGUCGCUGCAAAACCCGGGACCGGCAGUGCCAGGCCCUCUGGGGCCAUGCGGCUGCUGAUCGCUUCUGCUAUGAGAAGCUGAACGUGGAAGGGACAGAGCGCGGGAACUGUGGGCGCAAGGGGUCAGGCUGGGUCCAGUGCAAUAAACAGGAUGUGCUCUGUGGCUUCCUCCUCUGCGUCAACAUCUCUGGAGCUCCUCGUCUGGGGGACCUAGGGGGAGACAUCAACAGUGUUACCUUCUACCACCAGGGCAAGGAGCUGGACUGCAGGGGUGGCCACGUACAACUGGCUGAUGGCUCCGACCUGAGUUACGUGGAGGAUGGCACAGCCUGCGGGCCCAACAUGCUGUGUCUGGAUCAUCGGUGCCUACCAGCCUCUACCUUCAACUUCAGCACCUGCCCUGGCAGCGGGGCGCGCCGGAUCUGCUCCCACCAUGGGGUCUGCAGCAACGAAGGCAAGUGCAUCUGUCAGCCAGACUGGACAGGCAAAGACUGCAGCAUUCACAACCCCCUGCCCACGUCUCCCCCCACGGGGGAGACGGAGAGAUACAAGGGUCCCAGCGGCACCAACAUCAUCAUCGGCUCCAUCGCGGGGGCUGUCCUGCUCGCAGCCAUCGUCCUGGGAGGCACGGGCUGGGGAUUUAAAAACAUCCGCCGGGGAAGGUACGACCCGACCCAGCAGGGGGCAGUGUGAUGCCGGCCACGUCAUCCCUCCCACUGUCCCUGUCUCCUCCAUCUCAUUCGUCACCUCACAUUCUGUUGAUGGGGAGCUGGGGGCUGAUUCCCCCACCCCUGCUGUCACUGCUGUCGCUACAGGGGUGGGAGAGCCCCGCUCCGGGAAG